AUGACGUCCCCAGUUGUGAGUCCUCUCGUAGAGGACUCAAAGCUUCUUUACCAAAAAGACAAACUUUUCAGGCCCUACGUGCUUCCGUUUCUUCCACUCUAUGCCACUUUCGCCCACCUGUAUUUCAGACAGUAUGACCUGUACAUCAGAGGAGGUGAAUGGACGUUCGUAUAUCUGGGAGGAUUGGUGUCGUUGAACAUUUUGGUUCUGCUCCUGCCACAAUGGAACGUCAAUCUAGCAAGUCGUUUCGACUACACACCCGCAACUGAUCUAGAUCAAGCCACCCACAUUUUGAUUCAUACUGCAGCAAACAGCGGUGUGGAUGACAUUGUCGAGAUCAGACGUGUUCAAGAAGCCGGUCAUUUGCAAGUGUUUUUUCAAUUCCAAAAGAAAAGAUUUUUACUUGACACCGACACUGGCGUUUUUACUACCCCAAAGUUCGCUGUUGAUGAAGCUCCAAAACUCGAAGUCUUUCAAAGUUCGAAGGGCCUUUCGGGUGACCUUACUCACGCAAGAAGACUUUAUGGGGACAAUUCGUUCGAUAUUCCUAUUCCUUCAUUUACAGAGCUCUUCAAAGAGCAUGCAGUCGCUCCAUUCUUCGUUUUUCAAAUUUUCUGCGUCGGACUGUGGUUGCUGGACGAAUUGUGGUACUACUCGCUAUUUAAUUUGUUCAUGAUCGUCGCCAUGGAAGGGGCUAGUGUUUUCCAAAGACUGACUACUCUCAAAGAAUUUAGAACGAUGGCUGUUAAACCUUAUCCCAUCAAUGUGUUCCGUGACAACAAAUGGCAAGAGCUGUCCACUACCGAGCUUCUACCUAUGGAUCUAGUGUCUGUCACCAGAACUGCUGAAGAGAGUGCCCUACCAUGCGACCUUAUACUCGUAGAGGGAUCCUGCAUUGUAAACGAAGCUAUGCUUUCCGGUGAAUCUACUCCUCUGUUGAAAGAAUCUGUCAAAUUACGUCCACACGAUGAACCGUUGCAAAUUGAGGGACUGGACAAGAACUCAGUGCUACAUGGUGGUACUAAAGCUUUGCAAGUGAACGUGCCAGAAAAGCUUUCCGGUAUUCCUCUCCCUCCUGACAAUGGUGCCCUUGCUGUGGUGACUAAGACUGGUUUUGAAACUUCACAAGGCUCUCUCGUAAGAGUCAUGAUUUACUCUGCGGAGCGUGUUUCUGUUGGAAACAAGGAAGCUCUUUACUUCAUUCUUUUCCUGCUAGUAUUCGCAAUCGUCGCUUCUUGGUAUGUUUGGACCGAGGGUACUAGAAUGGGAAGAAUUCAGUCCAAAUUGAUUGUCGAUUGUAUUUUAAUUAUCACAUCUGUUGUACCUCCUGAAUUGCCAAUGGAACUCACAAUGGCUGUGAAUAACUCCUUGGCUGCUCUGUCGAAGUUUUAUGUUUACUGCACUGAGCCGUUCAGAAUUCCUUUGGCAGGAAGAAUUGAUGUUUGCUGCUUUGACAAAACAGGUACUUUAACUGGCGAAGACUUGGUUUUUGAAGGGUUGGCUGGGAUCGCUGGAGACUCAGAACGCGCGGAUGCCCUUUCUUCUGCGGGCGAAGCCUCUUUCGAAACUGUCUUGGCUGUUGGAGCUGCUCAUGCUUUAGUUUUACUUGACGAUGGAGAAGUCGUGGGAGACCCGAUGGAAAAAGCGACUCUGGGAGCCUUCGACUGGAAAGUUGGAGCAAAAGACACCACCAGCAAGGAAAAUGUCGGUCAAAUUGAAAUUUUGCGCCGGUUCCAAUUUUCGUCUGCUUUAAAAAGAUCAUCUUGUAUUGCAAAGCACAAAAACUCGUUAUUUGCUGCGGUGAAAGGUGCUCCAGAGACAAUUCGCGAUAGAUUAACUUCCGUUCCUGCCAAUUAUGACAAUAUUUACAAGCACUUCACCCGUUCAGGAUCCCGAGUCUUGGCUUUGGCUUCUAAAGAGCUCAGAGCCUUGUCCAAAAAGCAAGUCGACAACCUUGACAGAAAGGACGUGGAAGUCGACCUCAUCUUUAGAGGUUUCCUGGUGUUUCAAUGUCCUCUCAAAGACGACGCAGCAGAAACUAUUGAAAUGCUCAAUGAAUCUUCCCACCGUUGUGUUAUGAUCACUGGUGAUAAUCCACUUACUGCUGUUCACGUAGCCAAAGAAGUCAAAAUUGUGGAGCGGGAAUGCUUGAUCAUUGAUGAACCUACCGAUGGCUCGAAGCACACGUUGGUUCUAAAAAAUGUGAGUGAAACCAUCACCAUCCCAUUCGAUCCUGCUAGCGACAAAUUUGAUCACGCAGAGGUUUUUGCCCGGUACGAUAUUGCUGUCACUGGGUAUGCCCUCAAUGUUUUGGCAGAACAUGUUCAAUUGAGAGAAUUAAUUCGUAACACCUGGGUUUAUGCUCGUGUAUCCCCUACUCAGAAGGAAUUCAUUUUGAACACCCUGAGAGACAUGGGUUAUCAAACUCUUAUGUGUGGUGAUGGUACUAAUGACGUCGGUGCUUUGAAGCAAGCACACGUUGGUAUCGCUUUGCUCAACGGUACUGAGAAAGGAUUACAGAAAAUGAACGACCAGCGCCGUAUUGAUACCGCAAAAUUACUUUACGAGAAGCAGUGUCUGUUCAUGCAAAAGUGGAAUCAACAGCCUCCUCCCGUUCCAGAGCCGAUUGCACAUCUUUACCCACCCGGUCCAUCAAAUCCACAUUACUUGAAAGCUCUUGAGAAGAAGGGAGUCAAGGUUACGGAAGAAAUGAAACUGUUGGCUGCUGAAGCAGCUACCAAACCGGUUGUUACCAAAAAAGCCGAUGCCUCGCAACAGAAGGCUAGCGACUUAGCGGAAAUGGUGAUGGGUUCUUUGGGUGAUGCUGAAGGUGAAGAAGCCCCGACUUUAAAACUAGGGGACGCUUCCUGCGCCGCCCCUUUUACCUCCAAACUAGCCAAUGUAUCAGCGGUCACGAAUAUUGUUAGACAAGGUCGUUGUGCAUUAAUUAAUACCAUUCAGAUGUACAAGAUUUUGGCUUUGAACUGUUUGAUCAGCGCUUAUUCGUUGUCGAUCAUUUACCUUGCUGGUGUUAAGUUUGGCGAUGGCCAAGCUACUGCAUCAGGCCUUCUACUGUCCGUAUGCUUCCUCAGUAUCUCUCGUGGUAAGCCAUUGCAAAAACUUUCGAAGUUGAGACCACAGCCUGGUAUUUUCAACUUCUAUAUCAUGGGUUCGAUUUUAGGUCAGUUUGCCAUUCACAUUCUCACUCUGAUUUACAUCACGUUGGAAAUUUACAAGAUAGAGCCUCGUGAGCCACAAGUUGACUUGGAGAAGAAGUUUUCUCCUUCUCUAUUGAAUACCGGUAUCUUUAUGAUUCAAUUGACUCAACAAGUUUCGACAUUUGCAGUAAACUACCAGGGAGAACCUUUCAGGGAAAGUAUCAGAAGCAACAAGGGAAUGUACUACGGACUGCUUGGUGUCGGCGGAUUGGCUCUUGCUGGAGCGACUGAAUUCUCACCGGAGCUAAAUGCUGCCAUGAAGUUCGUGCCCAUGGAUGAUUUAUUCAAGGUUAAGCUAACAGGAACACUAUUGGUUGAUUUCUUUGGAAGUUGGGCAGUAGAACUGGUUUUCAAGUAUCUCUUCAUGGAUUCCAAGGCCGCCGACAUAGCUCAACGGAGCUAA